CCUCCCUUUUUCCGACGGCUCCCAUCGCCAGCCCGACAGUUUCCACCUGGCCCCCUUCUCGACCCAACGGACAAGGUGGAGGAGGAAAAACUAGCAUGGUAUUCUAAAGAUAACUUUUUUCCUGUCAAGAUCGGCGAUAUCUUUCAUACAAAGUAUCAAGUGGUUGGAAAACUGGGCUAUGGCGGAUAUUCAACCGUAUGGCUUUGCAGAGAUCUAGAAGAGGACGUUUACUUUACCUUGAAAUUAUAUGAACGCGACUCCACUCAUGCUGAACGAGAAAUUAAGGUUUACGAACACCUGAAAGGCCUCAAAUCUUGCCACACUGGUACUGUUCUCGUGCGAACCGUGUUGGACAAGUUCCAGCUCAGUUCAACCGAUGGCUCCCAUUUCUACCAGUAUCUUGUCCACCCGCCCUUAGGCAUAAGUCUCUUUGAACUCCGGAAUCGGUGCCCACGAAAGGUUUUUCCAGAAGACCUUCUUAAACCCACCAUCAUCCAUAUCCUCCUUACGCUAGAUUUCCUACAUACCGAGGCUCACGUGGUCCACACUGAUAUACAAGAAAAGAACAUUAUGCUCAACAUCGAAGAUGAGUCGAUUCUCAUUGACUUUGAGCAGGCCGAGAUAUCAAAUCCAAGUCCACGCAAAGUGGUCGGGGAUCGAGCAAUCUAUCAUUCUCGAAAGUUAGGUAUUCCAAAAAAACAUGGACGUCCCGUACUCUCAGACUUCGGCGAGGCUCGCUUUAGGUCAGAGUCAGGUACAUAUUACGAUGAUGUACAGCCGUUUAUAUAUCGGGCUCCGGAGAUACUACUUCGCCAUCUUUUCUACGCCCGGGAUAUAAACAAACGACACUCAGAUAGUCACCAUCCUACCGAAAUGAUUGCGUAUCCAGGGUCGCCGCCACGUGAGAUGCUUGAGAAAAGUAAAUUAGUAAAUAAUUUUUUGAUAGUAGCGAGAAUAGGAAAGUGGAAGGGCCUUGCUGAAAUUCGUCUUACGUCUUUGGAGGACAUUGAAAGCAAUCUGGAGGGCGAACGGCAAGAGAAUUUCCUCCGUUUCAUACGGAAAAUACUGCAGUGGCGACCCGAAGAUCGACCUACUGCGAAAGAGUUAUUGUCUGACCCUUGGUUAAGGUCUCCAUAA